CUCUUCAAGAUGACAAUCAAAAAAUCCGCGCUCGUUUUGGAAAGACCUGGCUGAAAGCGCUUCCUUCUCUAGGGAAGCUCUACCUUUUGAUUCGUCAGGAGAGCCGGGGCCUGGAACCAAUCAGCGGCUUCGUCGGCUCAGCGGCUCCACGUCGGCACCAUCUGCGGGGCAAGAUGGAGGCGUUGAUUCUGGAACCUUCUCUGUACACAGUCAAAGCCAUCCUGAUCCUGGACAAUGAUGGAGAGCGGCUCUUUGCCAAGUACUAUGACGACACCUACCCCAGUGUCAAGGAGCAGAAGGCUUUUGAGAAGAACAUUUUCAACAAGACCCACCGGACUGACAGUGAGAUUGCCCUCUUGGAAGGCCUGACUGUGGUGUAUAAAGGCAGCAUUGACCUCUACUUCUAUGUGAUUGGCAGUUCCUAUGAAAACGAGCUGAUGCUAAUGGCUGUUCUGAACUGCCUCUUUGACUCUUUGAGCCAGAUGCUGAGGAAGAAUGUUGAGAAGCGAGCACUGUUAGAGAACAUGGAAGGACUCUUCCUGGCUGUAGAUGAGAUCGUAGAUGGAGGGGUGAUUCUAGAGAGUGACCCCCAGCAAGUGGUACACAGAGUAGCAUUGCGGGGUGAAGAUGUCCCCCUUACAGAGCAGACUGUGUCUCAGGUACUGCAGUCCGCAAAGGAACAGAUCAAGUGGUCACUGCUUCGGUGAAGACUCCAUUACCCCCCCUGCCCCCAUCAUCCCUCCCAAAGCCAUUUGUCUACUGUGAUGCCUCCACUCCCCCAUCCUCACCCCUCUUGCACUGCACUGAUGAUCUCAGGGCCUUCAGGGGAACAAGGGCCUUCUAUUCUCACCACUUUUUUUUGUCUUCUCUCUUCUUUUUCCCCCUCUUCCCAAAAUUAUCCUGAAGACCAAAAACUAGGAUUAAACAAAGAGAGAGGUUA